AUGCCAGAUGAAGCUGAUAUACUUGCACCCUCGGCGCCGAGUUGCCUGAUCGGGAACAUUGCAGCAAACCAGGGCUGUCUGAGACUUCCCCGCAAAGGAAGAAAAGACCGAGCUUGUCUUUCCACCAUCCUCACUUCUGCCGCCUCCCGAAUGCUGGAAAAUGCGCAAGAAGACCUGUCAAGUCGCUCCUGUCGCUACGCUCAACAUCGGUCUAGGACCAUCGCCUUUCGACAUAGCAAAUUGUCGACUCUCGUAGCUCAAGCAGAAGGAUUCACCCAAAAUGAUAAGACGGACGUUUCAGUCUCAACUCAGCCCCCUGCAUCUACUCCGGUGGUGAUAGAAGCCACUCAAGUGCCAUCAACGUCUCUAUCUCCUACUGAAUCGGUGGUGCUUGCUCUCCCCGCUAACGACCGAACCCUACCGCAUAAUAUCAUUCGCUAUCCUGCCUCUGGGUCUGGAGAAGCAGCAUCGAGUCCAUCCUUCCCACGAAACCCGUACACAGUUUCGCCGACUGCACCAAUCUCCAGGCCUGGUCUCUUCUACAGACAUGCGCCUCGGAGACUAACGACCAUAGAGGGCGAACUAUUACACUUCUUUGUGCAGAACAUCGGACCCUGGUUAGAUGUCACCAGCCCUGAGCGCCAUUAUACAUAUACGGUUCCUCGACUGUCGCUCCAAUGCACCCUCCUCCACACAGCCAUCAUGGCCUGCUCCGCGCACAUCCUCCGCCUCCUCAACCCCGGGCGAACUGAACUGUCAUUCGAAGAAGACAAAUACCAAUCCACAUGCAUCAAUCUCCUCAUCCCAAUCCUCAACGACGUAGGCUCAGCAGUCCAGGACGAAGCCGUGCUCGCCACCAUCACCAUCCUCCCGACCUUCUACUCCUACGUGCGGGCUGAUAUCCGCAUGGCCAUUCUCGGCUGCUGCAGCACCAAGAUCGCUGUAUCUAGCUGGCCACUGGAUGAAAGCUACCCCGAGACAGACGCUGACUGGGCGAAUAGGAUGAUGUGGCUGCUAGUUCACGCGAUCAAUCACUGCUUUGGUCGUGAGUGUCCGGGUUUGUUGCCGAGGGCUCAAUUGAUUGAGCUUAUCGAUGACUGGAGGGUUAAUGUGCCGGAUACGUUUGAACCGUAUUACUAUGAAGAGCAGGACCGAGACUCGUUUCCGGUGAUUAGGUUGCUUUGUCCGUGGCAUGUCGUCGGCCUCCAAUUCUACCACACAGCCAAGAUCCUCCUCGCGUCGCACUUCCCCCAAUCAUCACCACCACACACCACCCCAGAUACAAACAUCAACACGAACAACACCCUAACAUACCACCACCACCCCAAAACCGCCAUCCUUCCACACGUCUACGCACUCUGCGCAAUAUCCUUCUCCAAUGAUCACUUCGGAUGCCGGAUCAACGCCUCCCAUUGUGUCGCUAUGGGUGAGUAUCAUACCCCACCUCCUUUCCUACCCUAG